AUGAAGACCUAUUUUAUGUCUCAAGAUUUAUGGGACAUAGUUGAUAGUGACUUCAAUAAUCUAGAAAAUCCAACUGUGCAGCAGCUGAGGCAGCUAAAGAAAGAUCAGCAGAAGGAUGCAAAGGCUCUAUUUGAGCUGCAACAAGCUUUGGAUGACACUUUUUUCAAGGACCAUGGGAGCCACAACAUCAAAGGAAGUAUGAGAUACUUUGAAGGAGGAGUUUCAAGGAAACGCCAAGGUGCGUGCAGUUAA